AUGCUUAACAACAACAACAACAACGUUCAACGAAUGCAGCGCCUGCUGGGCGUGACGCUGCUGCUCCUUGUGCACUGCGCCGGCAGCACACUCGCAGUGACGGAGCACCACCGCUGCAUCUACGACUACGUAUCCCACAAAAUGGGUGGUGUGGAGACAGUGACAUUUAAUUACAGCGCUCCGAAGCAAACUGAGUGGCCUGAUUUAACUCGUCCUGUGACGGAAAAAGAUUUCACGCUUCCUGAUACUGACAAAACGGAUAAAUUCCCAUUUCCGAAGGCGGGAUGGAAGCCUCUCCGCGUCAAGGUGUUCAUGGUGGGCACGAAGGGCCCUCGGACCUGUGCGACUGCCUCGGGCGAGAUCACCACCACUUUUGGCACCAGGGUGAGCUGCACGGAGGAUGACGUCCUGACGGCGGAGAAGCGUGACAUUCUGGAGCUGACGCUCAUCCACGAGGCUGUGAAGAUGCACACUGAGCGCCUCUUCGUGAAGCGAUUAGAGUACCUUGUCUUUGCGCCGACCUUCAAGGAGAAGAACCCCUGCAGUGAGUUGGACAUCCCUGAAGAUCAUCGCACUGAAGGUGUCGACAACGCUGACAUGGUGCUGUACGCCACUGCUGCGCCGACGGUUGAUGGAGCCUUUGCGUGGGCGGCGACGUGCGCGGUGCAGGGCGAUGGGNNCGCAGGCCGUCCGCGUCGCCGCACACGAGAUUGCGCACACCCUUGGGUUCAACGUGGAGACUAUGGAGAAACAUAA